CUCGCCGUGGCCGGAAGCGUCCCGCUGGCUGUCACGUGCCCUGCGACCGACCUGACGGCGGCGAGCGCGCCGUUUCUCCGCGAGUUUCGGAGCUUGAUGCGCGGAAAGUUCCGAAGGAGAAGUUGGCGCGCUUGCGAAUCGCGGAAUUCCCUCUCGCCGACGCGAAUCAUCAUCCCCGAGUCGACUCCGCGGGCGCGCGCGCGCGCGCAGCGCGACCAAGUCGCGUCGCAGAGAGACGCUCGGCGGUUCGCGAGACAGUCGCAGUAGCAUGGAAUCGUAAAGGGUUAUCCCGUUGACUGUCGGACGAGUCGAAACUUUGCACUCGACAAGUAAGAAAAGAGGGACGAUCGAGUCGGAGCCUGGCAUUCCAUCCUCUCUCCUCGUCGACCGGACGCUUUGAUCAGAGGCAAAAAGUCGGACUGUUCGAUGAAUAAGAGGAACAUCUAGUUUCGCCCCGAGAGACGCUUUAAGUUACUCGGAAGUAAGUUACUUGCGGCCGAGUUCUCCGAUUCUUCGGCUCGUCCUGCAUCGUGGAAGCUCACCGUAAGACAUCGCGGGAUAGCUUUCGGCGCAGCUGACGUCAUCGAGAACAAACAAGUAGAUUGAGGAUUUGCGGCAGGCAGGGUAUUAUGUCCUAAGGCUAGAAGAAAGAAACCAAAGGCGAAGAGCGGCAGUGACAGCCAGAGAAGGAAGAGAGCGGAGAAACCUCGGAGGGAGCGUCGACGAAAAAGAAGAAAGCUCUCGAAGCUUGAGCCUCGGGUUAUCGCGGGGAGGCGAGAUAGGAUUUCGAUCGAGGUACUUCCGUGCUUCAGCGGUUAAGAGCCGAUUAAUGCGAUCUGUCCUAAUUAGCGAUCAGCUAAUUUCGCAAUCGUAACUCGCUUUUCCGUCCGACGAGCACGUUUGAUUUUCUCCGUCCGCCCUUGGAGACGUCAUCCACAGAGGAGGAACGGUGAAUCGACCAUCGAUCCAUGUCGUCCCGAGGCAUCCCCGCCAUCACUUCGCAAUGACGACGACGAACACAAUUCUACUGUGGAACGUUUUGGUGCUCAUUAUCGACUGAUCGAUCCGAACUUGCCGAUCAGAGACGAGGCUAAUCCGUCGCAAGCGUUAACAGGACAAUUCGAUCGGGGACGAGAACGAAGACGAAGGAUGCUCGAGAAAAGCACGUAAGGAUCGCCCGUGUGUGUGCGCGUCUGUCUUCUCUUCCUGCUCUUCUUUCGCCGAGGGAAAGCGCCGGGGGGAGACCACCCUCCCGAAAAAGCGGCUAAGAUGUGCGCGAGAUCCUUGCUGCUGUGCGUCCUCGCCGUCAUCGCUGUCGUCAACGAGUCCGAAGCCAGCUGGGAGGAAUGGUGGACCUACGACGGUAUUUCCGGACCUUCGUUUUGGGGUCUGAUAAAUCCGCAGUGGUCCCUGUGCAGCAAGGGGAGACGGCAAAGUCCCAUCAACAUCGAGCCGGACAAGUUGCUCUUCGAUCGUCACUUGAGACCGGUGCACGUCGACAAGCACAAGGUUUCCGGAAAUUUACACAAUACCGGGCAAUUUCUGGUAUUUAGGGCAGACAGAGAGGCGAAGAUACGAGUCAAUAUAACGGGUGGUCCGCUCGCUUAUCACUAUCAGUUCGAAGAGAUAUACAUCCACUACGGAUUGGACGAUAAUUAUGGUUCCGAGCAUCGUAUCAAUAACUAUGCUUUUCCUGCUGAGAUACAAGUCUACGGUUUUAACGCCGAACUGUAUCACAAUAUGAGCGAGGCGCAGCACAAAAGUCAAGGACUAGUGGCGAUCUCGUUGAUGGUGCAGCUCGGCGAGAAGGUAAAUCCUGAGCUGCAGAUCAUCACCAGUGUGUUCAACAAGGUCGUACAUCGAGGGGAUACCGCACCUGUGCGUUAUCUGUCCGUGAAAGGUCUCCUCCCGGAUACAACCGGCUACAUGACCUACGAGGGCAGCACGACGCAUCCCGGUUGUUGGGAGACGGCCGUCUGGUUAAUCCUCAAUAAACCGAUUUACAUCACAGCGCGAGAGCUGUACGUCCUAAGGAGACUAAUGCAGGGCCCUUCCAAUGCUCCGAAAGCACCACUCGGUAACAAUUCCAGACCGCUGCAGGGUCUUCAUUAUAGAACUGUACGAACAAAUAUCGAUUUUGCGAAGCGGGGAAACGCCAAGUGCCCGUCGAUGGCGCAGGAUAUGCAUUAUAGAGAUGACUUUUUCCUUCCAGCCAACACGUGGCGGGAUGACAGUUCCCUAUCGCACAACGUAGUCUGAAGAUCGGCGGCAGCGCGGAAGGACCACGAGAGAAGACUUUUUUCCAAAGGUGCGGGGACAACGCGAGUUCGCGUGAUGCGACGGAGACGCAGAGCCACGGCGGAGUAGCUAAAUUCGAACGGAGAAACGCAGAACUCGCUGUACCGGGAGCUCGAUUCACAGCCAUCGAGUGGCUGUGUGUGUGUGUAUGUGAGAAGAACAGAAAAAAGGCAAGAAAAAAAGGACAUUGCAUCCCGAACGCUUGUAAACUAAACGCGAAGUCCUUUGUCGAGCUCCCAUGGCGAUUCGUGUGUCUCGAACCGAACGAGUAAGUGUAACGGAACCGUCGCGCCGUGAAGGAGAGAUUGUGCGUUUUAUUUGUAGAUAAGUUCGUUGCGCAUCGAUCGGCUUUUGGGUUAUAUCGUUCGGAGCGAGAUCGAGAUUGUGUUUAAGGCCAUACCGUCGCGCUGAUGCGUGAUACGAGAAUGUGACGGGAAAGGGGAGCUCCAGGAUCUCGAUGACAUUUCGGGAUCUUUCGUUUUGAGGCUUUCGUUGAGUUUGAGCAAUGUAACGAUUAUCAGGGAUGGGCAUAAUUUCAAGUAAUAUAUACAUAUACGUAUCACGGUGACCGCAAUCUGAUUUUGUAAAACGGACAAUAGCAUUCCCAGCAGGCGAAUGUUCCUAUAGAGCGAAGAGCUAGGCGUUGUCUCUUAAGAGUACUCUCUUUCUCAAAAGAGUCCUGCCCAUUGCUGGUAAUAAUUGCUCGCACGCACGCACGAUCGUUCUGUUUUCAUGUGAGAAAGUUUCGAGAGUAAAAGACGCCUGCUUUGAGCAAUUAAUCCCGCUGGCAAGCCUCGCGAAUCGAUCGAGUUAUUUGGCAGGUUUUCCGUCAAUUAUUUCAUAGCCAAUGGCGAUACAAUGUGAACGAUGUAAAGCGAAAAUCGUUACGUAACGGGGAAGCAGGGGGGAAAAUGGGAUGAGAGAAAUGAAGCGGAAGCGCGGGAAGAAGCGAGAAACGAUCGUGAUGGAUCUCAGGAGAAGAUACAGAAGAAGAAAUAGCUAGGUAUCGCGGAGGAGGUGGUGGAGAAGGAAGAGGGGGCAGUGCAAUUUCGUAAUAGCUCUGGGAUAGAGAGGAGUAGGAUAAUAAAGAAGGAAUGGUUCGGAGGAGGAAGAGAUUAGGAUGAAGUCAUGUGGUAGAUCAACCGCGCGGAAAAGAACGCUGGCUCUCGGUUAGCUUGGCCGAUGGACGAAUAAUCCCCGGCGCUUUUGUAUAUAAAACACAGAUACAAAAAAUGUACACGAACAAACAUUACCUAAUAGAUGUAAGCAGCGAGAGAGAAGAAUGGAAACUCUUUUAGGGAGGCAAAAGCGUGUGUAUAGAGAAUAAAGUUGUAUCAUAUGAAAGUGAACGUUUAACGAUUGUGGUUAAUAAAUAACGAUAAUAAUAAAGGCGACGUUAUA